AUGGCAGAAUCACAAAAAUUACCACAUAAUAAUCGAAUUAUAACAGAAGAGCAUAGAUUAAGGACAAGAAGAUUAUAUGAGAAGAGGUUACAUGAAAGAAAAUUAAGAAUUUAUGAAGAAGCCUUAGAUGAAGCUCUUAAAAGAGAAAAAUUGAGUACAAUAAGAAAUAUAUUCUUUUGUAUAAAGUAUGAAACUAGUUUUGGACAAGAUCUCACUGUGGUUGGGAAUAUUCCAGAACUUGGAAAUUGGGACAUUAAACAAGGAGUAAAAAUGAUAUGGUCCCCUGGAAAUCUUUGGACGAUAAAAGUUGAAAUCUUUUCAAAAAUUGAAAAUAUUGAAUACAAAUAUGUUAUAUCUGAAAAUUAUGGAUCUCAUAAAUGGGAACCAGGACAAAAUCAUAAGGUACAAAUAAAUAUGGAAAAAAAAAGUACUAAUCUAAGAGAUGCCUGGGGUGGCGGGGGAUUAUGA